AUGUCGGUGGUUCGUAGCAAGCUACAAAGGGAAGUAAUACGGUUAUAUCGUGACUUCCUUCGUACAGUGGCAGUUCCUCGUGAUUCGGUGAUUACGACACAAUCGUCGGGAACACUUCAUUUGAACGACUCCGAACGUUUGGCUCUACGCGAAACUAUUCGAAAAGAAUUUCGUCGUCAAGCUGCUCUCUACAAACGAACGGAUAUUCUGCAAAUCGAAGCUGCUUUACGAAGAGGUCGACGUCGUCUGGAAGAUAUCCAAUCCGGUACUGUUCAACGAAUUACCCGUAUCUCUCCAUCCUAA